AACCUGGCGCUGGUGUAAGCGGACACAAACCGUCAUCCGUUCCUUUUAUCUUCAUUUUUUAAUCACUCACGCCAAAAAGUGGCUUUUUCGGCGUUAAGUAAGGAAAGGAAAAUAAUGAAUGCGCGAAGGCAACAUGAACAACGUGGAUGUGAACAAUCGUGAAGCACCAAAGAAGAUGAAGUGCGUUAAUUUUGACUAUAAAUCCAAGGUGGGAUGCGCAAAGAUGUGCGGCUUGUGUCCCGCUUGCGCUUUUGCCCCAAAACCUGCGGGGCGUACUCAGUGCUUGUGGAAGGUGACGGAUGGACACAGGCGAGGGUUCGUGGUGGAGCUGCUUCUGCGCUGCAAAAGCACCCUGCUGCUCGAAAGCAUCCAGAAUAUGCUGAGUGUAACAUCGUGGACUUUGUUCAUCUACGGUCGGGCGAGAGUCCCACCUCGACCUUUUACGAAUCACAUCACAAACCCGGCGUUUCUGGAGGAGCCACCGGACGUGGAUAUGGAGGAGAUCUGGGACUGGUUCAGCAGCAGUCCAGACUGGAUUAAAUCACUUUAUCUUUGUCGUCUUUUUUUACUCUGUGACUCGGAACUUUUGCGCGUGUUUGCCAACCUAACCAACGUCCUUUUGGCAACAUUGAGAGCGGUGAAGCAACGCGAACUGAGUGGCUGCAACACCAAUGGGUCUGAACAGUGCAAAGACGAAGACUCGGAGGAUCCUGCUGUCAUGGUGGAUCCUGGUUCCUCCAGAUCCAUGUCUGGAGUGAGCCGAUACCGAGACUUCGUAGGCUGCCUGCCUGUUAAUUUGUCUAAGAGGAUACUAGGUCUGUUAGAAGAAGCAACUUUAAAAAGCUGCCAGAAGGUUUGUCGUCGCUGGCAGCCCCUCGUAAAAGAAACCAUGGAGGACAAGAAGUUCAGAAGACAGUUCCAGGAUCAAACUCAGGCAACUAUGAAUAAGUACAAAGGCAUCGAUCUGGUCAGUCCCACUUACGCUAACAUUGUUGAAGUCCACGUGCCCACAUAUGAGGACGAAGAAGCAGAUAUUCACUCAAGUUACCAGAAGGUACAGCCAUUUGAAGCUGCUUAUGCCAAAAUCAAAACCAAGUUUGUCCAAAUGGAGGAGCGGAAUGUUUAUUGUGGCGCGCAUUUUGCCCAAGUCGUGCUGAUGAAAGAAGACCCCCAUCGAGUGUUGGACUACAGAGGCAGAGCGUAUAUGGCCACCGCCUCCAAGGACUGCGCUGCGCAUCUGUAUUAUGUUGCAUCAGAAGCAAAGAUGGUGUCGGUGAUGAAGGGCCACGUUGGCACCAUCCGGGCAGUGCUGCUCUGUGAGGACAGAAACCUGGUGAUAACUGCGAGCUGUGACGCCAGUAUCAGGUGCUGGAAUUUGAAGACAGACUUGUGUGAGAUUGUGCUGUAUGGUCACACCGGCACCGUCAACUGUCUGGAUGUCCAUGCUGAUAGACUUGUCUCAGGGUCGAAGGACUGCACAGUGAAAGUGUGGAAUCUGGAAACAGGGAAGCAUCUUCAGGGUUUAAAUUUCAAACACCCAAACUCCAUCCAGUGUGUGAAGAUCAACACAACCAAAGUGUUCAGCAGCUGUGCCCGAGGCCUCGUCAAGAUAUGGAACUUGGAGAAGGCAUCAGUACUUAGGGUGAUUGACGCCCACAGGAGCCCAGUCAGGUGCUUGUUCUUUGAUGAAUGGCAUCUUCUAUCUGGGGACGUUAAUGGUCAAGUCAUGGUGUGGAGCACCAACUGUCAGGUUAAAGAGUGUCUCAUGACCUUCAGCCACCCAAAAGAGGUCAAAUCGCUGGCGCUCAUCUACCUGCGUGUUGUCACUGGCUGUGUGGACGGAAAGAUUCGUAUUUUUAAUUUCCUCACCGGUGAUUGCUUGAGAGCCAUCACAGUGGAGCCUAAGGCAGGUUGUAUUCUGUCCCUGCACUUCCUUGACGGCAGCAUAUUGAUAAACACGAUAUCCUGUGUGAAAGUUCACCACUUUGCCAAAGUGUUCUGGGAUUACCCCGACACAGCAGAAGAGGGCCAGAGUGUGGUGCUGACUCAGGAUGAGGAAUCUUCAGCAUCCAUCAGAAAGGUUACCUUCAACCAUGGCACGGCACAGGAGACCCCACCCAGCCAAAGGAUACACACCAGUGACUGCAGGAAGCCAGAGAAAGCUGAGCUGCUUAAACACACGCACGUCCCGGUGACUCCCUCUAAAUGUCAGACUCAAGUCCGAGAACGCUGUAAGACCGCUCCACAAUCUGUGAGUCGGAGUAAAAAGGUAAAAACAUCUGAACAAACAAAGAAGAGGCCACUCAGAGGCAACACCAGUCAGAAUGCACGGCAGGGCGCGUACGACGUCGAAGCUAAUGACAGCACCGAGUGCCUCGACGACAGCAACAACACAGAUUCCUGGGCUAGUUACACGCCACAGGAUUCACUGCCCUCCGACUCCCAGGCUCUGCCAACGAGCAAGCAGUCUCGCGCUUCUUCACUGCAGAACACGUGCGGCGGUCAGUCGAGGAAGACAAAGAGCCGCGUCCAAGGUCUGGAGAGGGGUGCCAGUCAAAAUGUGUCAGACGCAGUACAACCUCCCAGUGCUGAUGUGCAGAAGCCAAAGGGGAGAGUUGGGGCCCUCACAGCAAGUGCCAAAAAGCAGCCAAAACCUUCUGCGUGAACACUCAAGGUGUUUGACACUUAGAUGGAGAAUAAUGCAAGUGAAGUUUUGAAUGUGGUGUUUCAAUAAAUCCCCACCAGAGGUCAGUGUUGUAUGAACAAUGUCAUGUCUGUGGCAGAGACUUGAGCUAUGCAAUUUGUUUUGUUUGGUUUACAUUUGAAUUGAAGGAAGUUGUAUUACAUUUUUUUGUAUUUUUUGUGUAUUUCUCUAAAGUACCAUGAAUUUCCAUUUAAACUGUCUAUUCGGUUCAUGUGAAUGGGUAAUAAAAGGUUUGA